UUUCAUUAUUUAAUUUUCUUUUGUUUCUGGGACUCCACAAACACAAAACACUACACUACAACAAUCAACACUAGUCUCUUGUUCUGAGUGUACCAUACGCUGCAAUGCACUGAACUGGCCUCUGGCAACAACAUGGCCCAACGUCAAGUCUCUCCUUUCUUCCAUCUCCUCUUUUGUCUUCAACUUUACUUUUUCACUUUCAUCUCUCAAACUCAAAUUUAUUAAACAACCACCAACCCCUACACUAGACCCCCACUCUCUCACUCUCAUUUAUCAUCAUCUACACCAAUGAAUACAAUCUAGUUUCUCAUUACUCACUACCAAACCACACACACCAAUGGAUUCAGAAAACUCUUCUUCAGAAGAGUCCUCUCUAAAUGGCUUGAAGUUUGGCCAAAGAAUCUAUUUUGAGGAUUCAUCUCUUGCAAACUCCUCUAUUGCCAAUGCCAAUGCUAAUGUUUCUUCUUCUAGUGGCUCCAAGAAAGGAAGAGGUGGUUCAGCUCAACACUCUCAACCUCCUAGGUGUCAAGUUGAGGGCUGUAAAGUAGAUCUGAGUGAUGCUAAAGCUUACUAUUCUAGACACAAAGUUUGUAGCAUGCACUCUAAGUCCCCUACUGUUACUGUUUCUGGUCUCCAACAAAGGUUUUGUCAACAGUGUAGCAGAUUUCAUCAGCUUGCUGAGUUUGAUCAAGGAAAAAGAAGUUGCCGCAGACGACUAGCUGGUCAUAAUGAGCGUCGCAGAAAGCCCCCACCCAGCUCUCUCUUAUCCUCACAUUUUACGCGAUUUUCUUCAUCUGUUUUUGAUAACAGCGGCGGAGGUGGCAGCUUCCUGAUGGAAUUCGCUUCACACCCGAAACUUAGCCUGAGAAAUUCACUUCAAUCAUCUGGAAAUCAAACCUCACCACUCGGUUGGUCUUGGCCGGGAAACUCGGAGUCGCCAUCUGACAACUUUUUCUUGGAAGGUUCGGUGGGUGGGACAAGCUUCCCUGGUGCCAGGCAUCCUUCCGAGGAAAGUUACACCGGAGUCACAGAUUCAAGCUGUGCUCUCUCUCUUCUGUCAAAUCAAACAUGGGGUUCUAGAAACACAGAACCAAGUCUUGGAUUGAAUAACAUGCUGAAUUUCAACGAGACACCACCCAUGACACAACUAGCUACAUCUUCUCAAGGUGUAGCCAUGCAUCAACUUCCAAACACUUCAUGUUAUUUCAAGGACAUUGAUGCUAGUAGCCUUUCACACGAGGUUGUCCCUGAUAUUGGUCUAGGUCACAUGUCGCAGCCUCUCGAUAGCCAACUUCAUGGUGAUCUUGAUCUGUCGCAGCAGGGAAGGAGGCAUUAUAUGGAUGUAGAGCACUCCAGGGCCUAUGAAUCUUCUCAAUGGUCACUUUAAUGCACUUGUUUGGUGUCAGGUUUGUAAUAUCAUGUUUUGCAAUUAUUGGAACUCAGAAAAAUGAGAAGUUAACUAAGGCAUACUUGGUUCUUUGCUAGUUUGAUACUAAUGCUUUUUUAGCCUUGCUUCAUUUGUGAAACUUUCAGUCACUUUUUGAAUAUUUGCUGAGACAGCUGAGUUAUGGUGCUUUUAAGUUGUAUGAAAUUGUUUGAUGUGGAUUUGAAUUCGUAGUCAUUCUGAUUGCGAGAAUUGCAGCGGGAAUUUAUUUUAUGUUUGUAUUGAA